UCAASAUGUCUGGUUCAGGGGAACUUCUUUCUUUAUCUCUAAUUGAGAAAGAUAUCAAUUUGGAUGUCCUUUGGACGUGGACUUUUCCCUCCGUUUCCGCCGGUGUYAKGGACGUUCUUCUCCGAAAAUGUUGUCUCAAGUCUGAAAAGACACAAGAAAUCGUGCCUUUCUGCUAUGGCCAGUACGCAAAGAAAUGGUAUUAUUUGUUUACGUCGUCUACGAAAAACUCAACCACCAUGCCGAAGGUGACUCACAUCACUGUAGCAGUUGUCACUAAGGAUUUCAAUCCAGAGAAAUACAAAACCCUUUGUAGGAUAUUGUGCAGUAAGCUCUUACAAACAGGAAGCCCAGCCAGUAUGCUUCAAAGCUACCUAUCAGUGUUCACAAAGGGAUCUUGUAAAGACGAUGAUGACCAUGAUAAUGAAGACUUUUCUGUUAAAGAAUAUGAUCCCAGGAAGGCCUUUAUUGAGAAGUCAAUUAAAGAUGUAGUCAAUAUCUUUGGUGUUGAAACUAUCCUGAUAUACACUGCUCUACUGUUGAAGAAGAGAAUAGCAGUCUAUAGUCCAAGACUAGAAACUUUACUUGAGAUAUCAAGGGCCUUACCACUUUUAGUCUGGCAUCGKCAAAACUGGUCCAUAGUCUAUCCCUAUGUUCACCUUGAAGAGGAUGAGCUGAGUGACCUGGGCUCUAAUUUGACAUAUGUUGCUGGGUUUACAGAUGCUUCCAUAGAAAACAGAACUGACUUGUAUGACAUAUUCAUAAAUGUAGUAUUUAAUGAAAUUUGAAAAAUAUAUUUUUUAGAAGCCUUUCAACUUGGUAAAGUGCAUAAAGAUAUUGCUAUGUUUAUGGUUGAUUCUUCCAAAGAUGAAAAUACUUCUGAACAAUCACUUAUCAAGGAAUUGUCUAGUAAAACUAAAGAUUUGAUAUCAAACCUUAAAAAGCUUGCAGUUGACAAUGAAGAUGGCUCACAUCCUAAAAUUACUCUUGAAGCACUGAAACAAAGAAAGUUAACUGCUGUUAUGGAGGAAUUCUUAUUCAACUUGGCAGCUGCUGAAGGCAUGGUGUAAAUAUUAUCCAGGCUGAGGGAAGCGAGUUCCGUAUAUUUAACAAGUGGGAAAAGUAUCAAUUUACAAGUCAGUGAAUUUACAAUAUCAUUUCGYGAUUUUAAUAACAAAAAUCUACGUUUCUCCAUUGAAUUAUCGUCGACAAGUUUAAAUCAUGGAAAAAGCUCAAACAAAAACGCUAAAUAUUAUUUUUGAAAUAUUCUAUAUCCGAACUACCCGUGUAACCUUUCGGUCACGACUUUGGCCAUUGUGCAAUGAUUUUGGACCCGCCCAGAGACGGCAGUAGUGAAGGGGAACUUCAAAGSGCCAUCGACUAUAAUCCUAAUUACAUUUUUGCGUGGCUAUAGCCAUUUAAAAGUGGACGUUAUAUAAGCAAUUAACGAUAAAUUACUGUUGGUUUAUCUACRAAAUACGCUGAGAACGCGGGGGUUUCGAAGAAGUUUAAGGAAGACUUAAAAUCACGAGAAUCGAGAGUUCAUUUGGCUUUUUUCRAGUGUUUCCGGUUAACUACAGCAAUUUGUCCUUAAUUGCCUUGUAAUUCAGGAAGAUGCACACUCGGUCUCUCGAGAGAAAUUGUUAAACAACAGACAAAAUUUAAAAUAAAAAUACUUUCUUUUAUU